GCGCCAAGGCCUGACGUCACUUCCACCACAACGAUGGCGGCACCGGGAGCUGCUGUGGCGGUUGCGGCAGCUGUUUCAGGGGUCGCUGGAGAGGUCGAGCCUGGCCCCGGGGAGAAUACGGCGGUCGAGGGGACCGCUCCGUCACCGGGCCGCGUCUCCCCGCCAACUCCGGCGCGCGGCGAGCCGGAAGUCACCGUGGAGAUCGGAGAAACGUACCUGUGUCGGCGGCCGGAUAGCACCUGGCAUUCUGCUGAAGUGAUCCAGUCUCGAGUGAAUGACCAGGAGGGCCGAGAGGAAUUCUAUGUCCACUACGUGGGCUUUAACCGGCGGCUAGAUGAGUGGGUAGACAAGAACCGGCUGGCGCUGACCAAGACGGUGAAGGAAGCCGUGCAGAAGAAUUCCGAGAAGUACUUGAGCGAACUGGCAGAGCAGCCCGAGCGCAAGAUCACGCGAAACCAAAAGCGCAAACACGAUGAGAUCAACCAUGUGCAGAAGACCUAUGCAGAGAUGGACCCCACCACGGCGGCCUUGGAGAAGGAGCACGAGGCGAUCACCAAGGUGAAGUAUGUGGACAAGAUCCACAUCGGAAACUAUGAGAUCGACGCCUGGUACUUCUCCCCAUUCCCCGAAGACUAUGGGAAGCAGCCCAAGCUCUGGCUCUGCGAGUACUGCCUCAAGUACAUGAAAUUUGAGAAGAGCUACCGCUUCCACCUGGGCCAGUGCCAGUGGCGGCAGCCCCCAGGGAAGGAAAUCUACCGCAAGAGUAACAUAUCUGUGUACGAGGUGGAUGGCAGAGAUCACAAGAUUUACUGCCAGAACCUGUGUCUGCUGGCCAAGCUCUUCCUGGACCACAAGACACUCUACUUCGAUGUGGAGCCCUUCGUCUUCUACAUCUUGACUGAGGUGGACAGGCAGGGAGCUCACAUUGUCGGCUACUUCUCCAAGGAGAAGGAGUCUCCAGAUGGGAACAACGUGGCCUGUAUCCUGACACUGCCCCCCUACCAGCGCCGCGGCUACGGCAAGUUCCUCAUCGCUUUCAGCUAUGAGCUCUCCAAGCUCGAGAGCACGGUGGGUUCACCAGAGAAGCCGCUAUCCGACCUGGGCAAGCUUAGCUACCGGAGCUACUGGUCCUGGGUCCUGCUGGAGAUCCUGCGGGACUUCCGGGGCACGCUGUCCAUCAAGGACCUCAGCCAGAUGACCAGCAUCACCCAGAAUGACAUCAUCAGCACCCUCCAGUCUCUCAACAUGGUCAAGUACUGGAAAGGCCAGCACGUCAUCUGCGUCACGCCCAAGCUGGUGGAGGAACACCUCAAAAGCGCCCAGUAUAAGAAACCUCCCAUCACAGUGGACUCCGUCUGCCUCAAGUGGGCGCCACCUAAGCACAAGCAGGCCAAGCUCUCCAAGAAGUGAGCAUCUGUGCACCCCAGAGCUGGACCCUGUGCCCCCCUUCUCCCCAAGCCCACCCUGUAAAUAUGUACAGACUAGUUUUGUUGUCUUUUUUUUUUUUUUUAAAUAAAAUCAGUUCUGCCAGUAUUGGACCUGGGAGGUGGCAGGGAGAGGCCCA